AUGGAGACCCCAAUCGAAAAGCUGGAAACGCCCUCUGAAGAUGUGAUUCCGGUGGAUAGGAUCAGCAAUUUACCGGAUUCAAUACUUUGCCAUAUAUUUUCCUUUCUGGAAACAAAAACUGUGGUGGCAACUAGCAUUUUCUCCCAAAGAUGGAAGAUUCUAUGGAGUAAGGUAACGACCCUUGAUUUUGUUUGUUGCAAACCCAAACCAGAAACGGUCAAGAUGAAUUUUGCCCAGUUCGUCAAUCGGGUUCUGCUUCACGUUGAUGCUGGCAGCUUGGACAAGUUUCGGCUCAAAUGGUUGGAAGGAUGCGAAGCUGUUUAUGUUAAUAUGUGGGUAAGCUAUGCCAUUGCUAGAAAUGUUCGAGUUCUGAAACUGAAUUUACGAAUUAUUGGUGCUGAUGGAAACGAUUACAGUGUGGCUCAUGUUCCUGCUGCCCUUUUCACUUGUGUGACAUUGGAAAACCUCACAUUGAGAGGGCCUAUUAUGGUGUCCCUUCAACAGCUUAUAUCUAGUUGUCCUGUGCUUGAGAGUCUCAAAGUCGAAAGGGACGUCAAUGAUAAUGUUCUGGUUUAUAAAAUUAGUUCCCCUUCACUCAGACAGCUUAGAUUUCAUAAUUAUAAUGGAAAGGACUCCAUUGAGAUGGAUGGGAAAAAGUUGGAAAUUGACACCCCAACUCUUCAAGUGCUCCAAUUGUGGGAUUGUGAAUGGAAAGAAUUCUCUGUGAACGGCCUAAUGCAUGUCAAUGAUGUGAAACUGAACCUGGAUCUUUCCUUUGGUGACUUGCUUGGCGAAGUGGUUAGUGAAAGAUGCAACUCGAUUGUAAAGGUAAUUGAGGCUCUGCACCAUGUGAAAUAUCUGAAAUUAGAGGGAACAAUCAUGAAAGCUCUCAGCAAGGCCACUACCCCCUUGUUGCUCGGUUUGCAAGAUUGA